AUGCUGGUUGAGGAGCUUUCUAAUCUCUGCGGCAUUGACGGAUGCAUAUUUGUGCACGUGAGAGGGUUUAUCGGAGGUAACAAGGCAUUCGAAGGAGCUCUAGCUAUGGCAAAGAAGGCGCUCGAAAUUGGAGAUGCGGAGAAUGAGCUCUUUUUCCCAAAUUUUUGCGGAAUGUGCUUAGAUCGCUGUUCUUCAAAUUGCCUCAAAAAUUGUCAGCCACAGCGUUUAUGUCUGAAGCGCUUCCGAGCUGAGCAGAACCGCACCUACAAAAAUUAG